AUGUUCUUCCGUCCUGGCGCGACCCUGCGCGUGAACCGCGCGAUGCAGCGCGCGCUCGACCGCGGCUCGUCGCGCUCGACUGCCAAUGCGAUCCGGAGGAUCCACAACCAGAAAGUAGUCUUAGAGUCGCUUGUCCGCCCCGCGCUGGUUGCCGCUACGCCGAUGCUCGUCGAGGCCGCGGGCUACAUGGUCGACGUCCGAAGCAUGUUUACGAGCUUUGAAGAGGACGACGAUGGAACGUAA